AGGCCGGGGGGCGGGGCCUACACUAGGGCAGGGGCUUGCAAUGAGCAUGGGGAGGUGGGGCUCGCUAAGGGCGGGAUCCGGGCCGGGGGCGGGCCUUAGGCCAGAGCGGGAGCACGAGGGGCGCGGCCUAGGUGAGGGGCUGGGCGGAGCGCAGUAUCCCGCCAGUUAGGAAGGACUUCGGAGCUGGGCGAGGCCUCCUCACGCCUAGUUAAGGCCCUAAGUGGGGUGUCUGCGCCGGGAACUUCCGGGCGAGAUUUGCGUAUUUCCUGUCAAUAUGGCGGCGCCCAUUGUAGUCAGGUGCGGGCGACUCUGUCUUUAGUAGCGGCGGCGACACGAGGCCCGGGGAGACCUCCAGGAGUCGACCGGUCAGGAAGCCCGCGCUACCUCAGCGGUGACCAUCCCCUACCCCAGCACAUUCGUCCCUUCUUCGCAAACAGCCCAUGGCGGACCAAGGCUCUGGGGGCAGCCGCCUUCCCCUGGCGCUGCCCCCAGCCUCUCAGGGUUGCUCGUCAGGGGGCAGCGGCUCCUCUGCUGGGGGCUCGGGCAACCCCCCACCCCCGCGAAACCUCCAAGGUCUGCUGCAGAUGGCCAUCACGGCGGGCUCUGAAGAGCCAGACCCACCUCCAGAACCCAUGAGUGAGGAGAGGCGCCAGUGGCUGCAGGAGGCCAUGUCGGCCGCCUUCCGGGGCCAGCGAGAGGAGGUGGAGCAGAUGAAGAACUGCCUCCGGGUGCUGUCCCAGCCCACACCCUCCUCAGCUGGUGAAGCUGAACUGGCUGCUGACCAGCAGGAGCGUGAGGGGGCCCUGGAGCUGCUGGCCGACCUGUGUGAGAACAUGGACAACGCUGCAGACUUCUGCCAGCUAUCUGGCAUGCACCUGCUGGUAGGCCGCUACCUGGAGGCGGGCCCCGCGGGGCUGCGGUGGCGGGCGGCACAACUCAUCGGCACAUGCAGCCAGAACGUGGCGGCCAUCCAGGAGCAGGUGCUGGGCCUCGGUGCCCUGCGCAAGCUGCUGCGCCUGCUGGAUCGGGACCCCUGCGACUCGGUGCGCGUCAAGGCCCUCUUCGCCAUCUCCUGCCUGGUCCGGGAGCAGGAGGCCGGGCUGCUGCAGUUCCUCCGUCUGGACGGCUUCUCUGUCUUGAUGCGGGCCAUGCAGCAGCAAGUGCAAAAGCUCAAGGUCAAGUCGGCGUUCCUGCUGCAGAACCUGCUGGUGGGCCACCCUGAACACAAAGGGACCCUGUGCUCCAUGGGCAUGGUCCAGCAGCUGGUGGCCCUCGUCCGGACAGAACACAGCCCCUUCCAUGAGCACGUGCUUGGAGCCCUGUGCAGCUUGGUGACAGACUUCCCCCAGGGUGUGCGGGAGUGCCGGGAGCCUGAGCUGGGCCUGGAGGAGCUUCUGCGGCACCGCUGCCAGCUGCUGCAGCAGCGUGAGGAGUACCAGGAGGAGCUGGAGUUCUGUGAAAAGCUGCUACAGACUUGUUUCUCCACCCCCACGGAUGACAGCAUGGAUCGGUGAAACCCGGUGGCUUCUCACCCCUUCUCCGUGGGAACCCCAUGCCUCCUGCCUCCGUCUCAUCCAUGAGGCCCUCUCCAUAGGAGCACAGGGCCUUGGUGGUGCUGGGCCAGGGGCGAGCCCACCCGUCUCCGCUCAGCUCCCUGGAGGGGCAUUGAGAAAGGCGCUGGCUCCUUGGACCCCACCUCUCACGUGCUCUCACUCCAUUCCCCCUUCUGUCCACACUGCUCUUCUAAUAAAGGUGUUUCUCCUCCACCCCCUUCACUGCCCCCUUUGUCACCUCCCCUGGAGGGUGCCUUGGGAGAGGAGGAGGGGCAUGAUCUUAGGGGAUCUGGGGAGCAGUGGAGGGGACCGCAGCAGGCUGAACCUAGGAAUAAAAAAAAGUGUUGCUCUCUAAA